GGUCAAAAUAAUUUUCUGUCUUGCGUUACUUAUUCUUCACCGGACGAAACUUACAAUCAUGUCCCCUUCGGUAGUUCAUCAUCCUUCCGAUGAUGUCGCACGGGACGCUGCCGCUAAGCUAUCCCUUAGUGAGGGUUUGCUCAAACGCGCCGAGUUACUGCAGUCCGAGCUUCAACAUUUUGCGGAUCACCUCGCAGAAGUAUACAGCGAUUACUUCCAACAUAUGCCAACAUAUGUGCAUACAUCAUUUACCAGCGAGCUCCGGGCCGAGGUUGAGAGCUUGGAGAGGGCCUUCCGCGAUGUCAAAUCAUCGGAUCCUCUGGCAUCACACCGCGCGCAAUCUACCAAUCUCCCCUUCCUCGAGCCCGUCUGGGAUACCGCCAAAAGAUCCCGAGAUGUGGUGAGGCUGCGAUGUGCUGUAUCUACUGGUCCAUUUAAGAAACCUAUUUUGGCUCCUGGAACACGUAUUGUUCGAACCCAAGGCGAAUCACAGCCCUUCCGGUCAGGCAGUUUUAUCAUUGAUGUAAUCGCAGAUGGCGGCCAUUCGUGGUAUAAAGUUUCGUCAAUGACUAAUAAAAGAUUACUGUUUGAUCUAGCAAAGGAAGCAAUAUUCUGUGGAGAUAGCGACGAUGACGAGGAUAGUAAUACUGGUGUAGUUCAGGACUACACGGAUAUCCCGCUCGUGAAGCUAGCUAGGAAUCUAGCUGAUACAGCCAAGGGACAUCGCAUUCAAACGAAGAAUCCAAGUACUUUCCUCAUUCUACCACGCAUAAAAGAAGGCGAAAGUCCUGAAGUUGAUAAAGUCCUCGAGGCUUGUCGGCAGCUGGGCGUCAAUACACUCUGUAGUGAUGCCUUACCGCCAGCUCCACCUCUCUCAGAUAGUCUCCUUCACAUAAUGGCUCCGAGCCCAAAAGCCAAUUUUACCGAAGUCUUGAACAUUGAUACCUCCCUCCUUGUCGCUCUCGCGUCCGACUUUUCUCAUACCAGAGUCACCAAACAGCCAUGGUUUAGUCAUUCACACAACGAUCAUGCUGACUUAGAAAGCGAGCAGUCGAUGCUUUCAUUGGUAUAUCCCAUGAUAGGUAAUCAUAAGCUUGUGUGCACACGGGAAGCAGCCGAAACCUUCUUCCAUAUUGUGAACACGUUAGCUACCGAGUCUGAAAAGGCACGCGCCUAUUUGAUACUUGGUCCUGACGCUGAGAAAUCCCAAGUACAGCGGGUCAAAGAGUUACAGUCGCUGUCGAUUCACGAAGUCCCAUCGAGUUUGCAGUUCCCCAUUGAUAUCGUCGAUAUGAAUGAGAAUGACUGCCAGGCCCGCUUCACUGAAUUGAUAAAGAAGAAGCUUGAUGGCGUGUUAAACCCUGGAAGAUCCGUCUUUUCCUACGGCUGGGCAAGCGGUCUCACCACGCUGACCUGCAACUCAGUUUUCAUUAAGCAACUAGAGAAAGACCUUGAACAGCUCCCCACUCUUGGGGAUCUACCCUGGCCAUCAAUAUGGGCUUUCUCUACCUCGAGGCCGUUUGUCGGCGUUCCCAAGGAUAUUCGGAAACGCAUACGGAAGCAUAUCGGGGACUGUAGCGUGGCUUGCACCUGCGGGAUUGUCGAACUCUACGGCCACCAGAGUAACGUUACGAUCUUAUAGUAUCUAAAUAUCGGUAGGAAUAUUUCAACAUUAUGUUGUCUUCGUCGUGGGUCUUAACUUGCGGGAAAAGUCAUACCAAGGCUCGGUACCUGCUAGCACGACAAUGCUUGAGGUAUUUCAGUAUGACAGGUAUCCUCGGUUACUCGGGAUCUUCUCUCGGUAGCUGCCCAGUGUGACAUGAGCUACCACCAUUUCCAUUGCAGGGUGUGUUUCUUCGUCCUGAUCAUUUCGCCAAGUAAAGAUAUUACGUUGAUCAGUUAAAAUCUGAUUUCGUAAAAUUUGCUUAACUGGAACUAUCGUCGUUCUCUUUUCCAAGCUUUUCGGUACGCAAUCGCAGCCGGCAUCACCAUUAAAGGAAACCCGUCUUAAUGGGUGACGUAAUAUUGCAU